CCAAUGGUCAGCGGGCAGUUGGAGCAUACGAUCAUCAGAACGUCUACGACAACUUCUGCUCUUGAUUCUUUUCACAGCGUCACUUCAGUGUAACUUCCUCCAGAUGGAGACCUUGUCACUGUGGAUAUAUGGGCUUCUGCUCAUCAGCCUCACCAGAGCACAGCAACUCAACCACUUUCCUGAAGUUGUGGGGGCAAAAUGGAAGGACUCAAAUCCAGUCACACUGACCUGCCGUACAAAGACCGAUGGAGAUGUCACAUGGAAGUUUGAAGGUGAUGAGAUGGAGGAUGACGAUUACGAUGAAAAAAUCCAGCUGAGUGGUCGAGAUCUGUCCGUGUCUAUGGUAGAAAAUCCCAUGUUGGGAGAAUACAGCUGCUGGAGAGGAUCAGAAAUGUUGUCAUCAACCUAUCUGCUGCUGAAGAAAGACGAGUCAAAUGAUUUUCCUAUCAAGUGUCGGGCAAAGUCGUAUGACUGUAACUUCAGCUGUGAUUGGACCCACAGUACACAAACAGCAGUGCGCCUUGGAUUGGGCCAUGACUGCCGAGAAGGUAGGGAGUCGUGCCAUUGGGUCAGCAGUGUUCGGCCUGUAAAAGGAAAAUUCCACUUUAACUUGUCCCACUCCCUCUCACCCUACGCUGAGGAAAGCACCAUGCUCGAACUCACUGCCGAGGCCAUCACCACGGACUCAAUCCUCAGGGGGACCAAGAGUUUUUAUCUCAGAGACAUCAUUCAACCCGAUAGUCCCCAGAUUGUCAAGUGUCAGGAGGAGGAGGAGAACGUGAACGUGACCAUUGACGCACCACAGAGCUGGUCAACUCCUCAAAGCUUCUUCACUCUGGAGCACCAAAUCGAAUACGUCCUAAGAGACGAUGGAACGUCUGGAUUUUCCUCAACUGCUCUGAUACCGAAGGGGGUCAGCAAGCUGAGGGCUCGCUCCAGAGACUCGCUGGUGCCCUCAAACUGGAGCCAGUGGACUCCCUGGAAAAAUGUGAUAACAGGAAAAAAGAACCUAUGCAAAUGCAAAAGCACUGAAAAAUCUUGCUGCCCAGAGUUGCCAUCUGGGUACUUGGACAACUGCAAGAAGAAAAAGGAGAAAAAAAAGAACAAAGAUGCUAAGCGGAGCCAGACUUCUUAAAAAGAAGAUGCUUAAUAAUAACAUGUUUUACAACUGGGAUUGUGCUGGUGUACAAACACCUUUUAUUUAGGAAUUGUGAAAGAAUAUGUGGAUGUAUUUAUAUGAAGCAAUUAAACUGAAUCUGUCAAGUGUUUGAACAAAAAUUCAAUACUGGGGAUGGUUAAGAAUUUAAAUUUCUAAAAGCUCUGAAAUGAAGAAGGUUUAACUUGUGUUGUUGUGUGAAUACUUAGUUACCAGUUUAUUGAGUAUACCUAUUUCUAACCAAUGCUACUGCAGCAACUAUGCAAUAAUCUAAACCUUCAUGAUAUUGUUCAGUUUUUGUUAAAAGUUUGUUUUAUUUUAUUAGUAUGCACUUUAUUAAAUGUAUGUGGGUUCAUGGUUUUUAUUAUCGUUUCUUAGUUUCUUAAAUUGAAAUGUGGUGGGAACUUUAUUGCAAAACAGAGGAAUGAUAUUAGUCGAUAUUUUUCUAUUAAUCGAACAAGAGGUCAGUUAUGCAAGACAUUCCCUCAACUUUACAAGUGAGUAAAUGGCCCUUUAACAACCUUAAAUUUUGCACAAAAGCACUGAUAUAACGUUUACAUGGCAUAUAUGACUUAUCACUGUGAGUCAUGGCAAGAACUUAAUUGCAAAUUUGUUCAGGACAAAAAUGUGUAGCACUAAAGCACAACAUCAACUGAUAAGAACCUUAAGGUGGGCCUUGCAGAGUUUAUUACCCAAUUCUGACA